AUGCGGGUGGACAGCCCUUGCAGGAGCACAGCCCUCCUCCAUGUGAGCGCGGCCCUCCUCCAGUGUGAGCGCGGCCCUCCUCCAGUGCGAGCGUGGCCCUCCUCCAGUGUGAGCACAGCCCUCCUCCAGUGUGAGCGCAGCCCUCCUGCCAGCCGCCCGCAGCCCUCUGUGAGUACAGGGCCACAGCCUUCGCAGCCGGAGCGGGAGCUGACACCCCCAGUGGAAAUCGAGGGGUACCCUGAGAAGAAUCCUGGAGCCCCUAGCUCCACCGGUACCGGGGGACGGCCUGCCCUCGUGGGCUGCAAGCUCAGCCCCCCCAGCAGAGGCCGGGCCCGCAGCCCUGGCCGGGCCUCGAGGCUCCGCACCCGGACGGUGCCCGGAGCCCUCUGCCCGGAGGCGGAGACUGCUACCUUGCGCUCUGCACGUACUCCCCUGUUUGAUAAUGAACAAACGCCCUCUUCACGGGACCCUCUGGAUCUGUUGCUGGCAUUAGGCCGCAGGUCCCCUGGUGCCCCCAAACCGCCUUGGCCCCAAGUAACGCUGCUGCCCCAGAGCUGCACUGGAGGCCCCUCCCCACUAAGUGCCUCUUUGUACAGCACCCGCCCCCACACUUACUGGCACCACUGUAGAGCAACGGGCCACAGGGGGCUGGCGGGGGGCACGGCACGACCCCAGGGACCAGCGGCUGGGAGCAAGAUCUGUCCGUUUAAGCCAGUCCUGCCAGGGGUGUCUGCGGUAGUCAAGUCCAGCCUCGUCCUCCGUUUUGUCAAGGGCCAAUUCCACGAGUACCACGAGAGCCCGCUUGGAGCCGCCCUCCUCACCCUGCCUGUCUGCUUAGACGACACAUCAGUCAAGGUCGAGAUCUGGGACACGGCUGGACGGCGGCGCUGUCACCACCCGGCCCCCAUGUGCUAUCAGGGCCCCAGCUGCCAUCGUGGCCGUGACAUCACCCAACACAGAUGCCUUUGCACGGACGCUUUCCCCCCCAAGACCUGGGUGCAGGAGUUGCAGAGGCAGGCCAGCCCGGUCACCGCAGCCACAGGCAACGAGGCAGACCCGGCCAACGAGAGCGCCGAGAAAUCCCAGGAAGCACAAGCCUAUGCGGACGACAGGUUUGCUGGUCAGGGAGGCUUCCCCCAGCCAGCAAUGGAUGUGAAUGAGACUUUCACGCCAACAGCGAAGAAGAAGCGUCCCAAGAACGAGCCUGACCUAGGCGUGGCCCUCCAUGAGACCAACCCAGCCAGCAGGAGCCCGCGCUGCAGCAACCGAGCCCCCCUCCCCCACCAUGGCUGCCCCACUCCUCUGCCUCAAUCACCUGCCCGAACCCAUUCUAACCAAUCACACUGA